UCUGUCUAAGAUGAGGUUGAAGCUUCAGGAUCUACCUGUCAAGCUGCUGUCCCGUCUCCAGUCUCUGGAGAAGUUGGAUCUUUCUGGAAACAUGCUGCAGGAGUUUCCCAAGAACCUGGAGCUGCCUGCACUUCGCUUCCUGGACCUGAGUGACAACCAGAUCGAGGAUGUUACCACUCUGGACUCCCUAAGCAACGUAGAAGAGCUGAGGAUGGAUGACAACCUCUACAUCACUGUGAGUGACACUUACAAGCUGAUGGUGUUGCUGCCCAAUCUGAGGAUUUACAACGGUAAAGAUGUCAGUUCUCCUGCCAACCACUUGCGUUAUGUCUACAGUGAUAAUCUGAGGACCAGGAUUGCUGCUCUUUGGGAGAAUAGCUUCUGCCUCCCCAAUCCCAUCACAGCAGAGAAAAUGGAUGCCUUGGAGAGCAAGUUUGUCAGCACUGCCCGUCUUCAAGUUAAAUUUGGGCCCAAUUCAGUCAGUGACUUCACCAGGUGGAGGGUGGGGAUAUUAGCUAAGGAGUAUCUUCUCUCAUUGACAGGACCGAAGAAAGAAGUUGAUAGCGCGGAGACUACAGGCACUCAAAAUAACUCUGAUGUCUCAAAGCCUGCGAAGAGGAAACAAACUGAAUCAGUUAUAGACACCAGCAUAAGACUGAGGCCUCUCAAAAAGCCUCGCACAGAUCCCGCAACCUCUGCAGCCGAAGACAGUCCACGCCAGUUGAGAUUCCGCCUCAAGCCUCAGCUUGACACAAUCAAGAAUGUCCCCAGCAAGACAAGCCAGGCUCCCAUCACCCCCAGCAGGGGAGAGAGGAGGUCAGACACACCUAAGAGAAGUUCUAAAGAGCAACAAACCAACGGGGAUGAUGCUCAGAAGAAACAGAAGGAAAGCUCGGGCAAAAAGAAUUCACUGUACGCGACGCAGCUAGCUAACAAGCUACAUUUGAAAAGCCUCUCAGUUUGAUUCCGAGCUCAGGACAUGCUCACCGUGUUGCUUAAUCUGUCCUCAAAAAUCGACCUACCGCCUCCCGGCGACGGCAAGUCAAAUCCCCCCCUGAGAAAUCAGCCCAGCUUAUUAUAAACUCGGGGCGUUAAUAAGCCACACAGCGCGAUUAACAAACAGGUUGAGCAGCGGAUCCAGCCAACAGCAAGCCAGCAGCUAAAGUAAACAAGGAUGUCCGGCCGUAUCUUCAAAGUAAAAGCACGGUCAACAAAGACGCAGAACUAUAAGGGAAAAUCAAAGCUGGCUUAACGUGAAUUAACUGUACAACAGCCAAAUAGCCAAGGUUAUAAUAAUUAACUGAAACCAAACUAAGAGCUAAAACUAAAUGUAAAAAAAAGUUAACUCACAAUAAAAAAAACUAGACUAUGAGCCAACUGCUUUCAAAAAGUAAUGUUUUUACUGUAAUAUUCAGUUCACUAUAUGAUAUAAUUAUGUAUUAAUUUUUCUAAUUUUUGCACCCCAAAAAUAUGCUUUCCACAUAAUAAUAAUUAAAGAGACUAAAACUAAACUGAAGCUAAUAAAAACUAAACUGAAACUAAACAUUUUUAGAAAAGUAAAAAGCAAAAACGAAACAAGAAAAAAUAGAAAAUAUAAAUCAAUUAUAACUCUGCUAACAGAUAAAAUAGCAUUUAAGUUAAGCUGCUGUUUCAAGUAAAUUGCCGUUUAUUCAAAAUCUUUAAAAAAAAAUACAGAACUUACAAUAGAUUUCAAAGGAGUUAUGAGCUGCAAAAAUAAAUACAUAAUAACUUUAACUGCUUUCUUUUAAAAAUAUAUUAUUUAGUAUAGUAAUCUCUCCAGUGACAAUUCAUUUCCCCCAUCAUGAAAAAUGUUAUUAUAAAUUGCUCCAAACCCCAGCAGAAAUAAACCUCUAUUCAGGAAAUACAGAAGACAAUAAUUCAUUUGACCCUGGCUUUUUAUUGAAAAGUUAUCUCUUUUACAAUAUAAUUUAUUUUUUCCUUUAAAUAUCACAAAGUAAAUCACUAAGAAGGAACGGCACUCCCAAUCCUGCUACAUCCUGAACACAGUAACAAUAAAGGUUUUGUCUUCAUGUUUGUAGUCCUUAAUCAAAUUCAUAUGUUGUCAGCUGGAUGAACUGGAGACGUGACUCCAUUGUGAAUACAGACAUCUAUUCAAUUCAAUUCAAUUCAAUUUUAUUUAUAUAGCGCCAAAUCACAACAAAAGUCGCCUCAAGGCGCUUUAUAUUGUACAGUAGAUAGCACAAUAAUAAAUACAGAGAAAAACCCAAC